AUGGGACGUGUUAACAACACUAUAGAUCAAUUUGGUCGACAAAGAGUAUAUAAUAAACAUCAGUUCUUACGUUGUACACAGAGAAAUGGGUUCAAGUUAACUUUUGAUGGUCACUAUGAUAUUGAAGGGAAGCGUCUAUCAUAUGUUGCAAAACCGAUAGCAGAUAAUGACGUUAGUACCCAAGAGUUUGUGCUUGACAAAAUUCGGUUGUUUCAUCAACAAAUGAAAUAUGCAUUAGAUGAUUUAGAAAACCGUAUAAACGAAAGAUUUAAGAGCACAGAUAAAAAAAUAGAUAUUGGAAACAUCUAUAUCAGCAAAGAUCUGGAGAAUGAUAAAAAAAUACGUAAUUUAGAACGAUGGAUGGAAAAUAAUGAAAAAAAGCUAAUAAAUAUCGACACAAGAAAGACAGUUCAUGAUGGCAGAUUUCAAAUUUUACGUGGUGCGUCGGGAAUUGGAUUUGUGCAAACACCCAAUGAUCAAUUUAAUAAUGUGGGAAAGCGUUUGAUGAAUGUUGCAAUACCGGAAACCAGUGAUGAUGCUACUACCCAACAAUAUGUGUUGACGGAGAUCCAUAAAGUGCGCCAAGAGUUAGCACAGACAAUAAACAAAAUAUAUCAGGCUAUUCAUGAAAGUUUGAUAAGCGUUGAUGACCGAAUGGUUACAUUUGAAAAUAAAAUAAAAAGAUAUGAUGCACAGGAAGAAAAUACUGUGAAGAAAAUAGCUGAUUUGGAAAAGCGAAUGAAACAGGAUAUGAAAAUAUUGUUGGGUGUUGAGAGGAAGGCUGAUAGUAUGAUUGCAGCUAGCAAAUAUUCACCAUCGACCCCCACUUUCUCACCCGAAGCUCCCAGUAUUUAUACCCCCAUAUCUAAGUUAAAACUCAUUAGUUUGUCGACACCUUCAACAGUUAAAGUUAAGAAUCAGAAAAAUGAAUACUUCCGGUGCCAAACAGCAAAGCAGUCUAUCACCAAGUUUGAUGUUGUUAUCGACUUAUCAGAUGUGCCAAUCUACUCACCCCAAGAGCAAAGCGAAAAUUUAUCCUCGAUAGUUAGCCAAGAAGGACAACGUUGGGAUUUGAGUGAUGAAGAAUGGCAAACCCCGCGAAGAUCAUCAGCAAUAUUUUUGCAGGAUUCUCCACCAUCUUUUUCCCAUGAGUCAUUUGGCCACGAAAGACAACGAUGGGAUUUGGGUGAAGAAGAAUGGCAAAUUCCUCGAAGGUCAUCAUCAAUAUUUUUACGGGAUUCUCCGCCACAUUUUUCCGAUGCUUCAUUUAGCCAAGGAGGACAGCGUUAG